AUGGCAGACCCUGAGCUCCCUCCCUCCGAAGCCUCGGCCGCGGAACACGAGCAGCGUGUGGGGAAAGCAUCCGCUAACCGACUCCGCGGGCUUUUGUCUUCAGCCGCCGGGGAAGAGCGAGUAUUAGCGACAGUGGGCUAUGUCGCCUCGAUAUUGCAUCACUUGUGCGCAUCCGCGCCCUGGAUCGCAUUGCAAACUCGACUUUCCCUUCUUACGCGUCUGAAGGGCCGGGCUGCAUCGCAGCAUGUGAAACCCACACCGACGGGAACAAAAUCGAAAUUCGCCGCCCUUUCCUCCCUCGCUUCGGAGACACGAUAUAACUUGCGCCUUUUUGGCCUGAUCCCUCUUUGGGUUUGGGGAUCCGAGACUCUAAGAUCACCACCUGCCGACCCCAUCAUCCGCACGCUGACCAUCUUACAAGUCAUCUCCAAUGUAAUCUACCAAUUCCUGGAGAAUGUGUCAUACCUUGCGUCGAAGGGUAUCAUCUCGAGAAAGUUCAUUGACAAGCAUGGAGGAACUGCGAUUUGGGAGAUGUGGAGCACACGCGGCUGGUUCGGGCAUAUCUUCUUCGAAUUCUUCGUCUUAUGGCGCCAGCACGUUCUGCGCAAGAGACGUGUCGCAGCGCAACGCGCUGCAGAUGGCACCACCGAGAGCAAAGAAACUAAGGCCGAGGACGCUGAAGCUAUGCGCUUGGAGAUCCGCUCAUGGCGCAAGUCUCUCGUCAACAAUACUCUCUGGGCUCCUUUGUGCCUUCACUGGUGCUUCGAAAAGGGCAUUGGUGUCCCUGACCACCUUGUCGGGAUUAUCAGUCUCGGUGCUGGCAUUUGGGGUCUAUGCGACUCCUGGGCGGCCACGGCCAAAGCUUGA